ACUGUAGUCCGCAGGAGUGUCGCGCUAUCCUCAGUCGGGUUUAAGUAGCACAGAAGUGGCCGAAACUCGUUUCUCUUCUUUCUCUCUUUUCAGGAAGGCGCAGUGAAAGCCGCAGUCGCUCGGAGUACAGGUCUCUCCUUUUUUAUUUGACAGUUCCUCGCUCGAAGCCGGGAAAAGGACAGAAAAAUGCCCAAAGCGGUCAAUGUUCGCGUCACCACCAUGGACGCUGAGCUGGAAUUUGCCAUCCAGCCCAGCACCACCGGCAAGCAGCUGUUUGACCAGGUGGUAAAAACCAUUGGCUUGCGUGAAAUUUGGUACUUCGGGCUUCAGUAUGUGGACGGCAAAGGUUACAGCACUUGGCUAAAACUGGACAAAAAGGUGUCAUCUCAGGAUGUGAAGAAGGAGAACCCCCUGCAGUUCAAGUUUCGUGGCAAGUUCUUCCCUGAGGACGUUUCUGAGGAGCUGAUCCAGGAGAUCACCCAGAAGCUCUUCUUUCUGCAGGUGAAGGAGAGCAUCCUGAGCGACGAGGUCUACUGCCCACCAGAGACAGCCGUGCUGCUGGCCUCCUACUCUGUUCAGGCCAAGUUUGGAGACUACGAUAAGGAUCUCCACCGGCCUGGGUACCUGGUGUCUGAGCGCCUACUGCCACACAGAGUCAUGGAACAGCACAAGUUAUCCAAAGAUCAGUGGGAGGAGAGGAUCCAGGUGUGGCACGAGGAGCACCAUGGGAUGCUGAAGGAGGAUGCUAUGCUGGAGUACCUGAAGAUCGCCCAGGACCUUGAAAUGUACGGAGUCAACUACUUCGACAUCAAGAAUAAGAAGGGAACAGAGCUGCGUCUGGGAGUGGACGCCUUGGGACUCAAUAUUUAUGAGAAGGAUGACAAACUGACCCCUAAGAUUGGCUUCCCCUGGAGUGAAAUCAGAAACAUUUCUUUCAAUGAUAAGAAAUUCAUCAUCAAGCCUAUUGACAAGAAAUCUCCGGACUUUGUGUUUUACGCCCCGAGAUUGCGCAUAAACAAGCGCAUCCUGCACCUGUGCAUGGGCAACCACGAGCUGUACAUGCGUCGCCGUAAACCCGACACAAUUGAGGUGCAGCAGAUGAAGGCCCAGGCCAAAGAGGAGAAACACCAGAAGCAGAUGGAGAGAGCCCAGCUGGAGAAUGAGAAGAAGAAGAGAGAGGCCAUUGAGAAAGAGAAGGAGCAGAUGGAGCAAGAGAAGCAGGACCUGAUGAUGAGGCUCUACCAGUUUGAGGAGAAGACCAAGAAGGCAGAGAAAGAUUUGCAAGACCAGCUGCAGAGAGCCAUGAUGCUGGAGCAGGAGCGCAGGAGAGCAGAGGAGGAGGCAGCUCGUCUGGAGGCAGAGCGUCAGGCUGCCCUGCUGGCUAAAGAGGAGCUGGCCCGCCACUCUGAGCAACAGAAGAAGAGUCAGGAGCAGCUGGCUGCUGAGCUGGCAGAGCACACAGCAAAGAUCAGCCUACUCGAGGAGGCUAAGAAACGCAAAGAGGAGGAGGCCAACUCAUGGCAGCUCAGGGCCCGUGAGGCCCAGGACGAUCUGAUUAAAACCAAGGAGGAGCUGCACAAUGUGAUGACGACGCCUCUGCCGCCACCACCUCCUCCCAUGUACGACCACCUCAUGGACGACAACAGUGACGACAAUGCCAGCAUGCACAGCGCUGACCUGCACGUGGAAGGCAUCAACGACCACCGCAAAGAGGAGGACCGCCUGACUGAGGCCGAGAAGAACGAGCGCGUCCAGAAACAGCUGAAGGCCCUGACCUCAGAGCUGGCUCAGGCACGUGAUGAAUCCAAGAAUACCGCCAACGACCUCCUCCACAGUGAGAACGUGCGGGCUGGCCGAGACAAAUACAAGACUCUGCGACAGAUCAGGCAGGGCAACACCAAGCAGAGGAUCGAUGAGUUCGAAGCCUUAUAAGGAGCCCUCGGAAAACGUACCCUUUCUGAAUGGUCACUACAUAUCUCACUCUUCGACUGCCAGAUCAACACACAACCAAACCCGGACAUGUUUAACACAUUGCUGCAGACUGAAUUGAAGCAGUAUAAGCAGAGCAGAAGCAUCACUACAGAGAGAAAGAAACUCCUGCUGUCAUGAGUGCCCUGCUGGAUGCAGGGCUUUGCAAACCCUCUGAAGAAAUAUUAGUGCCAAAAACUUUCCCUUUUGUCUCUACUUAGUGUUUCAUUUCCCGUUUGUGUAUUUAAUUGUGUAAUUUGAGCAAUUCAGACCAAAAAUAGUCAUCUGUUUUUAGAGGUGGGAUGAAGUGGGGGAUUAGCCAAAUUAUUUUAGUAUUUUAUGAUGCGUACAGAGAGAAUAUAGUGCAAGCUUUGCUUAUUUUUGAUGGAGGACCGUUUGUUGUUCAUGGCGACCACUCAGAAAGGGGGAACGAGCAGAAAAAUAGUUUUUAUUUUCCAUCAUAUUUGAACACUUCCAUUUAUGUUUAAUAUUGCUAUUCUGUAGGUUAAAAAAAUUAAUGCCUAGUUGGAUAUUUAUACUGUAUAUGGGACAUUUAAAAAGGGUAUUUCAUUUUGGUUUGUAUAUUUUUGCUAUCUUCUGAUAACAAAACAUUCAAUAUGUUUUAAAGAUUUUAUAUAUUGACCAAACAAUAACGGUCUUAUGUUCCAUAUGUUUUCCUUUAGAUCAAUAAAUUAAAGAAAUAUUGAUUGUAAAUUAUUAUUUUUUACCGUAGGAAAUAUAUUCAGCUGCAUGCUAUUAAAAUCACGUCAGAAGAUCUCUAGCUAUCUAGGUACUUUUAUCAUUAUCAUUAUUAUUAUUAAUAACAUUAUUAUUAUAGUUUUAUUGCCAUGCAGUUCACAGAACAGCGAUGCAUCUUUUUCUUGAGAGCAGGUUUAAUAUUUCUGUUUCUGUCUGUUCUGUGUCAUGUCGCUGCAGAGUGAGAAAUGAACAUUUUUACACUCUAAAGUGGCCUUUGGUCGCCCUUCUGCAGGGGUCAGUCCCAGACAGCCGCUCGACACUUCUCAGCCAAGGUGCUUAGUCACCCAGAAAACAACAACAAAAAGAUGCAAUUCGGAAAACCUUUGGGGUUUUUUUUUGUUUGUGUUACAUCUCCAGAGUUUCAUGGACUGACCCAGAUUGAAUAAAACCAAGUCUCAUGUUCUCCUCUCUGGACAUUUAUUAGUAUUUACUGACUCAGAGCUCUGCUGGACUUUGUAUAUGAACAGGAUUUUAUAUUGAGGUGUUUAAGAAUUUGGCAAUUAAAAAAAAAUGAUUA